UGGUGGUUUAAUUUCAAAUUUGAACAAAAACGAAACAAAAAACGAUCAAAACGAGACAAAAAGCGAAACAAACGAUAUAAACGAUACAAAGAACGAAACAAAAACGAUAAUUCUUUGCUAUUGCUACAGGGGCUUAAAUUUCUACUACAGGGGCUUCAGUUUUGAGAUGCGCCGUCAAAUCUUUUCUGUGAAAAAUUUGUGGUUUUGUUUUCUUUUGGUGUUUUAUAUCCUUGUAUUAUUGAUUAGUUCUAAUGAUAAUUGAAGAGUUUUAAUCUGCACACAUAGAGCCCGCCGAAUCGAAGCUCCGAAUUGCGUAAAUAUUACGUAUCUUGCACUUCAAUAAGGGAAUCGAUAAGUAAGGAACAAUGGCCGAUAUUUUUGUCAGAAAGGAGCAAACAUCUGUUGCUCGUCCAGCUUCUGAUGGAUACGCAGAAACAGAAAAUUCGUUCGCAACUAGCUCGGGCAGUGAUUCUGAGGAAAGCAACACAAGUUUGCUGGAAACAAAUUCGAUACUUUCGGAGAAAUUGAUACUGCCGAAGGACCUAUGUCAUAACGAAGCGAUAUUUAACGAGUUUUUUAUUCCUUCCAUAUGGGAUACUCUUCCACCCUCUGCAAAACAGUACUUAAGGACCUUUUUACCGGAAACAGAUCACCGCUCAACCUCUUCGAAAGUAGUUAAUGAUCUGCUCUCGCGUCGCUUGGAUCGAUUUGGUUUGGAUCAAAUCAAAAGUUUGCAGGUCAACCUUGCUAAGGGCAACUUUCGUGCGGACAUUGCAAAACUGCGACAAACUCUAUCCAAGUCGGUAAUAAAGGAGCAGAGAAUGCUGGACUUACAGAGGUAUUUACGUUUGGCUCGAAAUGUACUUCUCUCUCGAGAAGUAAAAUUGAUGACGGAAGUGCAUAACCAGAGCCAUCAAAAGAUAGCUUUUUGCCCACGAAACCGACCAAACGCCCAAUUUCCGCAAUCUUCAAAACGAGACAAAUUCAGAACAAUAGCAAAAAAGAGAUAUUUGAGUGAAAUUGUCGGUAUAUCCGAAACAAUCGGUGUUCCAUUAAGCUUAUCUGACGAAGAGGAGUGUUACGAAAUAUGUGCUGCGGGACCGGUACGUAAAAAUCGAAAAAUUUAUUCAGCAUCUUCCGCCACGAAUGAGUCGAAUAUGGGCUCGUUAGGAACUAGUAAUUUGAACAAACGAUGCAGCACAUAUGGAAGCAGUACUGGAGUAUAUUUUAAUUCGAUGGACGGUUCUUCGUUCACCACUUCAAAAUUGUGCAUAACAGACACCCAUUAUCAUCGGCUACUAACACAGCAUCAAAAGCGAAAAAUAACGGAAUCAGAUAAUCCUGAAAUGGAUUUAGAGGGAUUGAAGCUAAAAGAUGUGGUAACUCGUACUCAAAUAGCAGCUGGAUAUCGUAGAAUAUUGCCAUUUCCAAAACAUAACGGGUUGACCGAAAUAAAAAGAGAAUUUGAUGAUAUUGAGACUAGAGAAACAUUAUGGGUGAAAAGCACAAGUAUGGGUGAAAAGCAAAUAAGAAUAGGACAUGCUGACAAUAAAUCAACUAAACAAGAAUCCAAAGCUCGCGAUGGUGAACAGCAAAUCAAAGCAGCAAAUUUAAAAUCCCUUUCAUAUUCUUUGGAAACAUCCAAACAUAAUGAAGAAAAUGAACCAUUGCCACCAAAAUCGGAAGUAUUAAAAGCACAAAUAGAUUCAUACUUCAAUGAUCCAGAUUUGGAGGAAACUAUCAAGGGCGUUUGUGAAACGCCAAAACCAAGUCCUACGAUGUAUACGAAUAGCCACUCAUGUUUUUUUUCGCUUGUUCGGGAUCUUUUCUGUUCUAGCCAUGCCCAUCGCUUAACAAUAGAUGAAUUACUACAGAAAAUUUCUGACUGGUACAAUAGUUUGAUAGUUCCCCGCCAAGGAUGGUACACAAUGUGCGCAACCAUAACAGAAUGGCAGGCGAUGUUACAAUCGGCGGUACAAUUUCUCGCUGGCGACUUUCAUACUCAGUUAAAAGAUUUUGUCCCGUACAUAGAACGUAAAAAGUCGCUGAAUGUUCUUCAAUGGAUAGGAGCGUCACGUGAUGGAGACGCUAGGCUUGAACCGCUAUGUGAAUUUUGGCACAGCCUUAAACAACAUGAAAAUGAAAAAUUGACUGACACUGAGUGCACUUCCCCUAUUUCCACUAUGGUGGUCAUGGCACCAGGAACACGCCAAAGCAACGUUGGAAAUGGUCAGUACAAUGAAGCUAUUUCAUUGAAAGAUAAUGAAAAGUGGACAAUCGAUUGCGUUCAGAACUCAUUGUCAAACUCAUUCGGCGAACCAGCUUUAUCGAAUGUGGAACCAGAUGGAAUGCUUCAAGAAGAUGACGAUGGAUCUACCAGCGAACGCUGUGAAACACCACCACCGCCUCGCUAUCCUACGGAUUGGACGGUCCGCAAGGCUACUGAUGAAGAAAUACGCUCCUUUCGACUGCAGGAGCGACAACGAUACGAAAACCCUCACAUGGCAUAUACCUAUCGGGAGCAUUCCUAUAAUAGUGUCGUCGGACCAGUAAAAGGAAUCUAUACUCAGGUUCCCGGUAUGUCGAAAGCUCGUGGUCAUAGCAUGCUUGUUGCGGAUCGUCCGAAUUUCGUUACUAUUCUGACGUUGGUAAGAGAUGCCACUGCUCGUCUUCCGAACGGAGAGGGAACCAGAGCCGAUAUUUGUGAGCUACUCAAAUCAUCCCAAUACAUCUCUUCAUCCGCAACUGAACAGAUAUUGCAAACUAUUGUUAGCGGUGCUCUUGAUCGAAUGCAUACUGAGCACGAUCCGUGUGUUAAAUAUGAUACGAAACGCAAAAUGUGGAUCUAUUUACACAGAAAUCGUACAGAGGAAGAAUUUGAGAAACUCCAUCAUCAAUAUCAAGGUAUCACAAAACAUAAGAAAACCUCGGCAAAGAGAUUAUUAAAAAACGAUAAAGAAGUCGUAAGUCCGAGGCCGAAAACCUCGAACGGUUCAUUAGGAGACCCCACGAGUAACAUGCUUUCUAGCGAAUUAAGUUCUACAAAUUUUGUGAUAACUCAAAAUAUCCCACAAUCUGAUGUCCUAGGAAAAUCAUCGGGAAUUUUACCCUCUGUCGCGACCCAAAUUACCGCCCCCUCGCUUGUUUACAGUGUCAUGGACAAAAUAGAUGCAACAGAUAUCAGUGCGUUGCCUGGGGGAGCUAGUAGUUACUUGGUAAACCAUCCUACAUCAUUAUUAAAAAAACAACAUACAAACGUAUCAUCAACUAGCAGCUUGUCAAUAUGCGAUCAGCCCAAUAUUCUACCUAUGGAUAAAGCAUAUUCGUCCAUAAUGGAUUUAAAACUACACCAAACAGAGCAAAAUAUAAUGUCUUCUAGUGUUACUGCUUCAUGUUCUAAAGAUCAUGUUCCUAUAACCACCGCGUCUACUGAAAACAUUACGAAUCCCACGCCAACUAUCGGCAUAAUGAAAUCAAAUUCUGUGAAUACCCAAAACUAUGUGCCGGUUUCAACAUAUCUACCGACAGGAGAAUUGUCUUCUACAAUGACUCCAGCCUCUCGCACACCAAAUAGCAGUAUCACACAAUCUUCUCUGAUUUCUUAUGCAUUGCAUACCAAGCCAUUUACGUAUUCAAUGGCUUCAACGAAAAGUAUCGAUCAAGGAAAUUCUAGUCCCAUUGUGUCUGUUCGUCAACCACACAGUGGUUCGAUCUGCACAGGAUCGCAACGACAACCCAUCUUUUCCUUAGUUACUAAUGGACAGUCAGCUCCUACAAUAGUAUCGCAAUCGUUCGCAACUCAGAGUAAGCCAUUACAAAUAAAAUUAUCGAUGACCGGUUCAGCAACAUCAAGCAGCACAUCUGGAGUUGUUACCUUAAAUGAUAAUAGUAACGUCGGCAAGCAAAAUACUUCUGCGGUGCAACCAUCUAUGAUAAUAUCUCGAAAAUUUAUAAUGAAUCCUGCACCGUUAGGCACUACUCUGUCCAGUGAUUCAAUUAAUCAAAACAAUGUUGCAUUAGAUCAAUCGGAGGCAAUUAUGCUAGAUAAAGAUACUAGUACAAUUCCUAUUUCAAAACCCACACCUCAUGUUAUCAAAACAUCAGCUAGCCCUGUUAGUACGAUAACGCUGGCUAGUGGGCAACAAUCUAUAUUGUCACCAGCUCAACAAAAGCAAAUUUUGCAGAACCUUCUCACCCAACAACAGAAACAGUCAAUUGUCAAUUGGAACAGUUGUAAAAAGACGGAGAUGUCUCACACAAUCAGCAUGACCAACGCAAGUGAUGCAACGAAGGCAUUUAGUGAUGGCACAAAGAAUGAUGACGAAAAAAACAACGUAGGCGGAGCAUCGCAACUAGUUAGUCAAUUGAACACCUCUGGAAAAAACACGAGCAGCUUCAUGCAUCAGCAGAUGCAAAAACUGCCACGAACAAAUUCACAAAUACUGAAGUUUGUAUCACCUCAGAUUCUCAAAAUAACGCCUCGAAAUUUGGUUGCGUUUAACCAAAUACGAACGUCAUCAUGUCCAACUCCAACUCCAAAAAAUUCCGGUGGGAGCAACAGUCAUACUGUUGAAAAAUCAUCUUUUGAGUCCUCCAAUUGUCUGAAUACAUCUACUGUAAAAGUGACAAAACUUAAUUCGUCUAAUUUGCUCGCUACCCCUAACACACAAAUAAUAACUAAACAGGCUGAGCAAGCUAAUAGUAAUGCAAAUGUUUCAACAGCAUUGGAUGUAAUUGUAUCCGUUUCUUCAAUCAUGCCUACUGCAACUAUGCGAGUAUUAAAGACGGGAACAGGAACGACCAAUCUUACGAAGUCAAACAGCACCGCUGCUGCUUCCAUAAACCAAUCGAAAAAUUGUACUGAAGCUCGUCAUAUAAUGAAUACUUAUCUAAAAAAAAGUUUGACGCAAAUCCCUAAGGCAUCCGUCACAUCUGGCGGGAGUUCAGAUCCAUUUACAAAUGUAGUGCGCAAACAGUGCAUCUUGACCCCUUUAAAUGUGGAGAGCUGCAGGGUUACCCAACCGAAACCUAGCUCAUCUAAUAUGGGGCAUUCAGCACAUUUGAAAAUGACCAACAAUCAACCAAAAUCUCCUGUUCGCAUAGAUGCAGUUUAUGCAAGUGAAACCCCAUCACCUGGUGCAGUAACUAGUGGCGUACAACAGUAUACUAUACUGCCGCAACCGAAUGUUCGAGGCGUAAUCCCUGCCAAACCUAAAGCAACGAGUAGCACUUUAAGGGAAUCCAGCGGAACUAUCAUAGAACAUAAAUUAAAUCAAUCUAUGACUUUUGCUUCUGAAGCUGAAUGUGUUGUAGAGCCCAACAAAACCGUUGCAAAUACUGAUGGUAUAUCGUCCAGCGUAUCCACAACUAUUGGCAACUUUAAUACAACUGGUCCAACAAAACUAAGCCAAGCAACGAAAAUCAAGGUGAUCAGUACAAAUCCAUUGUGCUCAAAUGUCACGAUCGCACAUCAACAACAACAAUCGCAUUUUGGCCGCACUAUCAAAGGACCAAAGCAAACGAUAUCUGGUUUAACAAACGGAGUGAUAAACGCCAAGAUUGUAGGUAUACGUAACGUCGCCUCAAGCCAACCAAACGUUGGUUCAUCGUUAAGCAUUGUCAACUCACCUGGUACUAAUUUCACGCCAAUCGGCGGUACACCGGUGAAUAACAGCAAAGGCGCUUCCGACUGUAAUUAUAAUAAAAGUAUCCAGGGUUCAUCUUUGUUGACGACUAAUGUAAAUUGCAAAAUCAAAACGGAACAUGAAGUAAAGGAGCACACAUCUCUCCCCACUGGCAAAUUUGAUUCUGCGGUUGCAAUAAACUCUACGGCAGGAACUUGUCAAAUGUUUCAUCAAAGUCAUCAAAGCAAUUUAGUAAAACCAAAUGAUACUGUUGAACAUGUUUGUCCGGACACUGCUGAAGUGCCUGCAAGUAUCUCGCUUCCAACCGUAGCAAACAAUAUUACCGUCACUAGUGGUUCAGAUGCAACUACAUUGGGUAAAUCAAUCGUUAAAAUUCGGCAUCCAACAUUAAGGGACAGUGGUUCUGCCGCUAAGGUGAUUGACGCUUCAUCUAAAAAAGCACUCGUACAAUCGCAGCGCGUGAUACUAGCUACAUCUACGGGUGAAAUUUUUACUCAACCGAUCAUUCUUGCUCCCGGAUUCCAGACUACUGGGCCAAUUAAUAUAAAAAGGUUAAAAGUUGUACCUGGCACAAAUCAGAACAAAAACUCAACAACUUAGGUUGGUAUAUAGUGCCAAUGAUAUAGAUUAGGAACGUAUUAGUUAAAUUGUGCAGUUAAUUGAAAUUAAUAAUUACUAAUUGGUUUCACGAAAAGUCAUAAUUGUAUCAAUUCACCAUGCAAAGGUUCAAAAAAUAGAAAGUGUAUGUCUGUUUAUUAAUGAUCUCAAUUUGGGAGAAAAUAUGUCACGUUCACGCCACGGAUAAGGGUAAUCUUUCGCGCCAGAGAGAUUCCGUGUUAUGAUGACUACAGGCAAAUGAACUCACACUCCAAAUGCGUAAUUAUUCAAUUUGAUUGUCAACCGUGGGAUACAGAAAUCAGAAAGUAGAAAUAGAAUAACCAAAACGGAUAAAUGUAACGAUUGGUGCAAUUGAAAUUUGUACGCUUACACUCACUCGACCGUUGGGGAUGUAUUGUUUUUUCAGGCAAAUUUUAAAUAUUUUUAUUCUGUAUGUAUAAGGUAGCAAUAUGAAUAUUAUGUGUUUGUGUUUGUGGUGGAUAAUUUAAUACAGUUACUGGCGUACGUGACUUUUACAUUUAUCCAUUUGCGUUUCAUUCCAGUUGAAUUUAUGAAUCAUUUAAAUUACUACAUAUUUAAGAUUCAUCCAUGUAUAUGCAAGCUAGCACGCUGUCUCAACAUUACAUAUAAAUAUAUAAAAAUAUAAAUGUCUCGACAACACGACAUGUGAAUCUACAACGGUUUUAAAAAUCCUCCGAAAUGGUUGCAUGGAAUUUUCCGAAUGUUGUAGGUAUUUUGUUCGUACAUGUGCAUAAGAUAGGAUUUUUAUUCGUAUAUUUAUUUGAACAACAACGUAUAUUUUAUUGAAACUAUUGUAUUCAAUUUAAAAAAACACUAAAUUGGUAUUUGGUGCAAGUAGUUACAACUAGUUACCACAAAAAAACAGUAAUCCAUAAAAACCAUACACUAACUCAAUUUUUCAGCUUCAGCUUUCAGCUACUCAUUCGCCGUUCCUACGUUAAUACACAACGAAAUAAUCUAGACUGGAAAACUAUGAGCAAUUGUCAUUUUGGAUCCUUUUUCCAAAGUUCCACAAUUGUCUGUCCCAAAUUUGUAUCAGAUGAUCGGCCGUUAGAAAAUAUGGUAUGAUUGGCACGGUAAAAUACGGCUAAAAAUAAUGGUUUGGCUGUAUUUUUGAUAUCCAUCAAAACCAGAUUAACUAACAGCUGGCAAAGUUGUAGUUGUAGUAGUUAUAUUUUAAAAAAACAUAAAAUAAAGUUUUUCUCGGUACGAAUGAUUUUUUCUUUGUCUUGGGAGUUUGGAUUCGUUG